CGUCCUCUGCUCUGCGCAGGCGUAGCUGAGGCGUUGCCAGGGCGACCGCGGAGGCCAAGCCCGGCUGCAGUGCGCAGUCUCAGAGCCUCUCGCGCUCCGCCCGCCCCGCCCACAGGGAGACGGUCGCGCGGCGAUGACGUCGCGGGGGCCUGGCCGGGCGUCGCAGACUCGGGAGAUGGAGGAAAAGGAGCUGUUACGGCAGCAGAUCCGCCUCCUGCAGGGUCUGAUUGACGACUACAAGAACCUCCAUGGCAACACUCCUGCCCCAGGCCCCUCAGCCUCCGGCCGCUGGCAGCCGCCCGUCUACAGCAGCAGCAGGGCCUUCGGGGCUCGCUACCCUCGUCCCGGCCGCAGGGGCUUCUCCACGAGCCACGGGCCUGCGUGGCGCAAGAAAUACUCCCUCGUGAAUCGACCCCCGGGACCCUUGGACCCACCUGGCGACUCCUUGGACUCACCCGGGGACUGUGCUGCGCACCCCACCCUCGGGGCUGGAGGCAGCCAGGACCCCACCCCCCAGCAGUAUGUCCUGGAGAGGCAGGUCCAGCUCAGUGCUGACCAGAGCAUGGUCAUCAAGAUCAAACCCCCGUCCCAGCCCAGCGUGGCUGGUGCUGCAGGGGCCCCCCGGGACCCUCCUUGGAGCGACCGCAGGCCUUGGGGAGGGGAGGGCGAGCCCCCUGGUGGGCAGCGCCCGCCCUCAAAGCCAGGAAGGGCCAAGGGGAACUACAGCACAGAGGACUGCCAGCUGGUCUGCCAGAAGGAGGCCGGCAAGCCCCGGGUGGUGAAGUCUGUGAGCAGCUUGAGCGACAGCCCCUCGGAGUCCCGGCGGACGGUCAGCGAGAGCGCCAUCUCCGUCAAGGCCCGCCUCCUGCCUCCCCCCGGGCCCCAGCGCAGUGGCGUGGCCCUGACUGUGAAGGUGAGCUCGCACCCUGUGGCCGGCUGUGCUGCACAGCUCCCUGGGGACAGGAGAGCCGAUGCCGGCCGCCCCGAUCAGCCCGCUCAGGCUGGCUCCGUGGCAGGCCCAGCCCGACCAGCUUCUGGACCCAGGCAGGCCCCGGAGGCCUCCCUGCUUGUGUCCUGUCAAAACAGCAAGUUCCGGAAAAACAACUACAAAUGGGUGGCUGCUUCGACGAAGAGCCCCCGGGCGCCUCGCAGGGCCCUCAGCCCCAGAGCAGCUGCGGAGAACGUGUGCACAGCGGAGCGAGCCGAGAAGCUGCAGCCCAAAGCCGACCCGGAGACCAAACCCAAGAAGCCGGCCGGGUGCCCCGUGGGCGCUCCCCGCAGCAAGUACCAGUGGAAGGCCUCCAGCCCCUCGGCCUCCUCCUGCUCCUCCUUCCGCUGGCAGUCGGAGGCUGGCAGCAAGGACCAUGCCUUCCAGCUCUCUCCAGUCCCUUCGAGGUCCCCCCCGGGGGACAAGCCAGCAGUGGGGCCCAGCGGCUUGAAGCCCCUCUUCAGUGAGACCCCAGGGCUCUCGGCUUACAAAGUGAAGAGCCGCACCAAGAUCAUCAAGAGGCGGGGGAGUGCCAGCCUUCCUGGGGACAAGAAGAGCAGCCCCCCACCAACUGCCACCGCCAAGAGCCAGUUCAGCCUGCGCAGGAGGCAGGCCCUGCGGGGGAGGAGCGGCCCUGCCCAGAAGAAGACCCCCCCCAAGGGCCUGGUGCAGGUCACCCGGCACCGGCUGUGCUGCCUGCCUCCUGGCCGCACCCACCUCCCCAUCAAGGAAGCCUCCAGCCCGAACGCCCUGCCGGCCCCUGCCACCAGCAAGGUGAUCAAGACCCGGUACCGCAUCGUCAAGAAGACCCCGGUGUCGCCUUUCAGCGCAUCCCCCUUCCCCCUGUCCCUGCCUUCCUGGCGGGCUCGGCGGCUCUCCCUGUCCAGGUCCCUGGUGCUAAAUCGCCUGCGCCCUGCCCGCGGCGGUGGGAGAGUCCAGCUCGGCUCCCCCCGCUGGCGGGACAGAGGCUACCGCUGUAUCGGAGGGGUGCUCUACCGGGUGACAGCCAACAAGCUCGCCAAGACUCCCGGCCGGCCCAGUGCUGAGGGGGCCUGCAGGCCCCUCCUGCGUACAGAUGCCCGUGUGCUCCUACUUCCUGAAGGGGAUCUGCAGCAACAGCGACUGCCCCUACAGCCACGUCUACGUGUCUCGGAAGGCGGAGGUCUGCACCGACUUCCUCAAAGGUUACUGCCCACUGGGCGCCAAGUGCAAGAAGAAGCACACCCUGCUGUGCCCCGACUUCUCCCGCCGGGGCUCCUGCCCCCGGGGCGCCCAGUGCCAGCUGCUGCACCGCCACCAGAAGCGCCCCGGCCGCCAGGCAUCCGCACCCCCCGCCCCGGAGCCCAGCAUCGCGCCUCCCAGGAGCAGGGCCUCCACUGGCCACGGGCCCAGGAAGCCCUCGGCCGCCCCGCGCCCUGCGAGGCAGACGCCCAGCUCCCCCGCCUCGGAGGCUGCUGGCCUGGCCUCCCCUCUCUGCUCCGCACGGGGGUCAGCUGCAGCCUGUGCCCUGCCCUCGAAGGCUCCCUUCUCCCCCUCCCCCUCCUCCCCCUCCUCCCCCUCCUCAGACCGGGAGGAGCCGGUGCUCCAGGAGGAGGCUGCCUCUGCCGGGAAGAGCUCCGGAGGCCUCUCCAAGCUGCCCUCCUUCAUCUCCCUGCAGUCCCCGCCCAGCCCAGGCGGCCAGCCCAGGGCCCCGGCCACCAGGAGCGCCCCCGCCAAGGACUCAGGGAAACCUCUGCACAUCAAGCCCCGGCUGUGAGGGGCCAGCCCACGCCUACCUCAGCCCUCAGCGCUGGACAGAAAGGAGGCCACCCCACCGCCACCGCCCCAGGAGGGCCUGCCACAACGCCCUGGGGGCCGCAGGGCCAUCGCUCUGCCCCCUGGCUCCCAGCCUCCCUGACCAGCGCGAGCCCAGGCCUCCCCCUCCCUCGGGCUGGGCCCUGCCUGGCCGGCCCCUCUGCACCCCGCACCUCCCACCCUUGGGUCCUCAGCCUCCCACCCAGCACAGGCCCCCAGCUCCCCGCCCUCUGUGGGUGGGGCAGUGGUGGUCACUGCACCCCCAGCCUCACCCAGGACCUCCCGCCUGGGCACGGGGCCACCAGCCAGGCUCCCUGGCGGGCAUUUCUGUUCAGCAAUAAAGGUUGUCCCAUGUCUGCUUGGCUGCCUGCCUGUCGCCAUGCCACAGCUCACGGACGGCUGCUGCCCACGGGUCCUCUGGGAGCCCCUGGUGGGACCUGGAGGCCUGCGAUUGAGUCGCCCUGGAUGAGGGGAGGGGCUGGCCACAGACCCCAGAGGUAGAGCUGUGACCACUGCUCUGUCUUCCCACCUGCCCACCAGGCUCUGGACCCGAACAUGGCCAGGCAGGGUAAAGGUGCCCCCCUGCCUGUCCCUCAUGGCCACACCACCGUGACUCGUGGGGAAAGGCCCAGGGGAGCCAGGGGCCAUGACUGCAGCUGGCUGGUGUGGGGUCCCCACACCGAGUCCCCCCGGAGGCC